UGCUGACGAGCCUGAACAUAAUACUUCUACCAAAGCUGCUGACUGUCUGGCUGACCUUGAGCCUGAGCUAAACAUGUCCACCCACCCUGCUGACAGUCUGCCUGAUGUGGAACCAGAGCCAAAUAUGUCCAAUCACCGUGCUGACACACUGGCUGCUCUUGAGCCUGAGUCGACUAAAUCCUCCAAUGCUGCUGACUGUCUGGCCUAUGUUGAGCCAGAGCCAGCUAUGUCCACCCACCGUGCCGACAGUCUGGCUGCUCUUGAGCAUGAGCUGUCUCAUGCCAACAAAGAUGCUGACUGUCUGGCUUCUCUCAAGGCUGAGCUGAUUAAUUCCACCAAUGCUACUGAUUGUCUGGCUUCUGUUGGGACUGAGACAACCAUGUCCACCAAGCCUGCUGACAGUUUGGCAGCUGUUGAACCUGAACAUAAUAAUUCCACAAAUACUGCUGACAGUCUGGACUCUGUUGAACAAGAGCCAGCUAUGCCCACCCACCGUGCCGACAGUCUGGCUGCUCUUGAGCAUGAGCUGACUAAUUCCAACAACACUGCUGACUGUCUGGCUUCUCAUAGGCUGAGUCAAUUGACUCUACCAAUGCUACUGAUUGUUUGGCUUCUGUUGGGACUGAGACAAUUAUGUCCACCCACCCUGCUGACAAUAUGGCUACUGAUGAGCUUGAGCCUACACAUUCCACCAAUGCUGCUUACUUUCUGGCCGCUCUUGAGCCCCAGUCCACUAAUUCCUCCAGUGCUGCUGAUAUUCUGGCUUCUGUUGGGUCUGAGACAACCAUGUCUGCCCACCUUGCUGAUAUUCCUAUUGCUCAUGAGCCUGACUAUAAUGAUUCUACCAAUGCUGCUGACAGUCUGGACUCCGUUGAGCCAGAGCCAGCUAUGUCCACCCACCGUGCCGACAGUCUGGCUGCUCUUGAGCAUGAGCUGUCUCAUGCCAACAAAGCUGCUGACUGUCUGGCUUCUCUCAAGGCUGAGCCAACCAUGUCCACCCAGCCUGCUGACAGUUCGGCAGCUGUUGAGCCUGAGCCUACAAUUUCCACCAGAGCUGCUGAUUGUCUGGCUACUGUUCUGCCAGAGCUAACUAGGUCAACCCACCCUGCUGACUGUCUGGACUCUGUUCAGCCUGAGUCAUCUAUGUCCACACACCCAGCUGAUAAUAUGGCUACUGAUGAGCUUGAGACUACAAAUUCGACCAACGCUGCUUACUGUCUGGCUGCUCUUGAGCCUGAGUCCACUAAAUCCUCCAAUGCUGCUGACUGUCUGGCCUAUGUUGAGCCAGAGCCAGCUAUGUCCACCCACCGUGCCGACAGUCUGGCUGCUCUUGAGCAUGAGCUGUCUCAUGCCAACAAAGAUGCUGACUGUCUGGCUUCUCUCAAGGCUGAGCUGAUUAAUUCCACCAAUGCUACUGAUUGUCUGGCUUCUGUUGGGACUGAGACAACCAUGUCCACCCAGCCUGCUGACAAUUUGGCAGCUGUUGAGCCUGAACAUAAUAAUUCCACCAAUACUGCUGACGGUCUGGACUCUGUUGAACAAGAGCCAGCUAUGCCCACUUACCGUGCCGACAGUCUGGCUGCUCUUGAGCAUGAGCUGACUAAUUCCAACAACACUGCUGACUGUCUGGCUUCUCAGAAGGCUGAGUCAAUUGAUUCUACCAAUGCUACUGAUUGUUUGGCUUCUGUUGGGACUGAGACAACUAUGUCCACCCACCCUGCUGACAAUAUGGCUACUGAUGAGCUUGAGCCUACACAUUCCACCAAUGCUGCUUACUUUCUGGCCGCUCUUGAGCCCCAGUCGACUAAUUCCUCCAAUGCUGCUGAUAUUCUGGCUUCUGUUGGGUCUGAGACAACCAUGUCUACCCACCUUGCUGAUAUUCCUAUUGCUCAUGAGCCUGACUAUAAUGAUUCUACCAAUGCUGCUGACAGUCUGGACUCCGUUGAGCCAGAGCCAGCUAUGUCCACCCACCGUGCCGACAGUCUGGCUACUCUUGAGCAUGAGCUGUCUCAUGCCAACAAAGCUGCUGACUGUCUGGCUUGUCUCAAGGCUGAGCCAACCAUGUCCACCCAGCCUGCUGACAGUUCGGCAGCUGUUGAGCCUGAGCCUACAAUUUCCACCAGAGCUGCUGAUUGUCUGGCUACUGUUCUGCCAGAGCUAACUAGGUCAACCCACCCUGCUGACUGUCUGGACUCUGUUCAGCCUGAGUCAUCUAUGUCCACACACCCAGCUGAUAAUAUGGCUACUGAUGAGCUUGAGACUACAAAUUCGACCAACGCUGUUUACUGUCUGGCUGCUCUUGAGCCUGAGUCGACUAAAUCCUCCAAUGCUGCUGACUGUCUGGCCUAUGUUGAGCCAGAGCCAGAGCCAGGCAUGUCCACCCACCGUGCCGACAGUCUGGCUGCUCUUGAGCAUGAGCUGACUAAUUCCAACAACACUGCUGACUGUCUGGCUUCUCAGAAGGCUGAGUCAAUUGAUUCUACCAAUGCUACUGAUUGUUUGGCUUCUGUUGGGACUGAGACAACUAUGUCCACCCACCCUGCUGACAAUAUGGCUACUGAUGAGCUUGAGCCUACACAUUCCACCAAUGCUGCUUACUGUCUGGCUGCUCUUGAGCCUGAGUCGACUAAAUCCUCCAAUGCUGCUGACUGUCUGGCCUAUGUUGAGCCAGAGCCAGGUAUGUCCACCCACCGUGCCCACAGUCUGGCUGCUCUUGAGCAUGAGCUGUCUCAUGCCAACAAAGAUGCUGACUGUCUGGCUUCUCUCAAGGCUGAGCUGAUUAAUUCCACCAAUGCUACUGAUUGUCUGGCUUCUGUUGGGACUGAGACAACCAUGUCCACCCAGCCUGCUGACAAUUUGGCAGCUGUUGAGCCUGAACAUAAUAAUUCCACCAAUACUGCUGACGGUCUGGACUCUGUUGAACAAGAGCCAGCUAUGCCCACUUACCGUGCGGACAGUCUGGCUGCUCUUGAGCAUGAGCUGACUAAUUCCAACAACACUGCUGACUGUCUGGCUUCUCAGAAGGCUGAGUCAAUUGAUUCUACCAAUGCUACUGAUUGUUUGGCUUCUGUUGGGACUGAGACAACUAUGUCCACCCACCCUGCUGACAAUAUGGCUACUGAUGAGCUUGAGCCUACACAUUCCACCAAUGCUGCUUACUUUCUGGCCGCUCUUGAGCCCCAGUCGACUAAUUCCUCCAAUGUUGCUGAUAUUCUGGCUUCUGUUGGGUCUGAGACAACCAUGUCUACCCACCUUGAUGAUAUUCCUAUUGCUCAUGAGCCUGACUAUAAUGAUUCUACCAAUGCUGCUGACAGUCUGGACUCCGUUGAGCCAGAGCCAGCUAUGUCCACCCACCAUGCCGACAGUCUGGCUGCUCUUGAGCAUGAACUGUCUCAUGCCAACAAAGUUGCUGACUGUCUGGCUUCUCUCAAGGCUGAGCCAACCAUGUCCACCCAGCCUGCUGACAGUUCGGCAGCUGUUGAGCCUGAGCCUACAAUUUCCACCAGAGCUGCUGAUUGUCUGGCUACUGUUCUGCUGGAGCUAAUUAGGUCCAUCCACCCUGCUGACUGUCUGGACUCUGUUCAGCCUGAGUCAUCUAUGUCCACACACCCAGCUGAUAAUAUGGCUACUGAUGAGCUUGAGCCUAAAAAUUCGACCAACGCUGUUUACUGUCUGGCUGCUCUUGAGCCUGAGUCGACUAAAUCCUCCAAUGCUGCUGACUGUCUGGCCUAUGUUGAGCCAGAGCCAGAGCCAGGCAUGUCCACCCACCGUGCCGACAGUCUGGCUUCUCUUGAGCAUGAGCUGACUAAUUCCAACAACACUGCUGACUGUCUGGCUUCUCAGAAGGCAGAGUCAAUUGAUUCUACCAAUGCUACUGAUUGUUUGGCUUCUGUUGGGACUGAGACAACUAUGUCCACCCACCCUGCUGACAAUAUGGCUACUGAUGAGCUUGAGCCUACACAUUCCACCAAUGCUGCUUACUGUCUGGCUGCUCUUGAGCCUGAGUCGACUAAAUCCUCCAGUGCUGCUGACUGCCUGGCCUAUGUUGAGCCAGAGCCAGCUAUGUCCACCCACCGUGCCGACAGUCUGGCUGCUCUUGACCAUGAGCUGUCUCAUGCCAACAAAGAUGCUGGCUGUCUGGCUUCUCUCAAGGCUGAGCUGAUUAAUUCCACCAAUGCUACUGGUUGUCUGGCUUCUGUUGGGACUGAGACAACCAAGUCCACCCAGCCUGCUGACAGUUUGGCAGCUGUUGAGCCUGAACAUAAUAAUUCCACCAAUGCUGCUGACGGUCUGGACUCUAUUGAACAAGAGCCAGCUAUGCCCACCCACCGUUCUGACAGUCUGGCUGCUCUUGAGCAUGAGCUGUCUCAUGCCAAUAAAGCUGCUGACUGUCUGGCUUCUCUCAAGGCUGAGCCAACCAUGUCCACCCAGCCUGCUGACACUUUGGCAUCUGUUGAGCCUGAGCCUACUUUUUCCACCAAAGCUGCUGAUUGUCUGGCUACUGUUCAGCCUGAGCUAACUAAGUCAAACCACCCUGCUGACUGUCUGGAUUCUGUUCAGCCUGAGUCAUCUAUGUCCCCACACCCUGCUGACAGUUUGGUAGCUAUUGAGCCUUCACUGACUAAUUCCACCAAAGCUGCUGACUUUCUGGGUGCUGUUGAUCCCGAGUCAACCAAAUCCACCCACCCUGCUGACAGUAUGGCAGUUGAUGAGCCUGAGCUGCCUAAUUCCAACAUUGCUGCUGACUGUCUGGACGACCUUGAGCCUGAUAAGACUAUUUCUACCAAUGCCGCUGACUGUCAGGCUGCUGUUGGGUCUGAGACAACCAUGUCCACCCAGCCUGCUGACAGUUUGGCAGCUGUUGAGCCUGAGCCGACUAAUUCCACCAAAGCUGCUGACUGUCUGGACUCUGCUGAGCCAGAGCCAACUAUGGCCACCCACCAUGCUGACAUUCUGACUGCUGUUGAGCCUGAACAUACUAAUUGCUCCAGUACUGCUGACUGUCUGCCUGCUGUUCAGCCUGAGUCCAGUAUGUCCACCCACCCUGCUGACAGUAUGGCUGCUAUUGAUGCUGAGCCUACAGAUCCUGCCAUUGUUGCUGACUGUCUGGCUGCUCUUGAACCUCGGCUGUCUGUUACAUGUGCUGCUGACAGUAGUGUGUUAGUUGAGAGUCAUGACUCAGGACCAGCUAGUCACAUUGGAUUGGAUUAUGUUGUUGAUUUACCUCUUUACAAGGAGAGUACAAGUGAAGAAGAAAUAUUUGAUUCUGCUACUUCAGAUGAGGAAUCUUCUUUUACCCCUGACGUAGAAGAAGGUCUGCCUGCUACUCAGGGUGCUGAGGAUAUUUUUCAUGCUUCCGCACGAGCUGAACCAAUAAACCACAGCUUGAACCUUCUCAGGGAGAGUGGAUAUCUUCGGGCAACAGAGAUACCACGCAUACCUUUUUUGCUCUUCAUAUGGCUUAUAUCCUCACUUUUAUCCAUCAUAACAUGGAUGAAAAUCCAAAUUCAACAAGCAUGGCAUGAAGAAAAUGGCCAAGGAGCUCCCACUAACAAGAGAGUCGGACCAGUGGCUGCGGCUCCUGAUCCCUAGACCCUUGAUGCUCCUCCAGAAUCGAUUGGAAUAUCAAAACACAGUCUGUGUGGGAGAAUUGAUCAUAUAUAUAAAUUUUAAAAUAAAAUGUUCAAUCUGAUUGUAGACUGAAGUAAAAAU